GUAUAGCAAUAAACACCUGCCGCAGAAAGGCUCAUAAUCACAUUAGGCAAUGCUUGUGUACACGGCCAGCCGGUAAGCAAAUUACAAUGUGAAUGUUUAAAGGACAUGCUUGUUGACUUGACGGAUAAAUUAGUUGGAUAAAUAAAUCCGGUCUUUCUCCUGUUAGUGACUGGUUAACUAGAAAGCAUAACGUAGUUAACUUAGUAACUUUAGCUAAGCGCUUAACAGUGCAUCACUGACUCCAGCAUGUCGUUUAGGUUUAGAUUGUGUGUUACAAAUAAGAGAUUAGAAGCAUAACAUCACUGUAUUAUUGAUAGAGCUAUAGCAUUGAAGCUAACUGAGGCCUGAUGCAUAACAACAGAAAAAAACAGCUCACCUCGCUUAAGCACAUGCAUUCUGGCAAAGUGUUAAAUGACUCGUCCCCGCGAGAAAACAGCAACUUGAUGUUCCCCUUUGUGUCAAAAUGUGCGGAUGAACACUAAACUAUCUCCACUCUCAGAAGAGAAAGCAGGAAUAACUCAAAAAAGAUCCCGCUAACGCUGUAUAUGUACGGAAGGCGUAACUGAUAAGGGAGUAGAUGGAAGGGCGUUGUGACCAAUCAGCAGCGAGAUAUUGCGAGACUUCCUUUCUGAGGACCAAUAGCAACAGGUUAGAAUGUCAGCUUCCUUUCCCGUUCCCUUUUCCCGGAUUAAAAUCUGGCGGGAUAGAGAAGUAGGUCAUACCGCUCGGGUCAUAUAACCAACAGGUUUUGUUUUGUUCGUACAUGAACCAAGUACACUAGUUAUUAUUCACACAAUACACAGGAGUGUAUUGAAUAUAUGAUCUGGCUUGUACAUUUACUCAAGUAGUAACAUUUCUGGUUAAAAAAACUUUAAUUUAACCUACUUUACUACUGAAGGUAUUUUAUAAACAGGUUGUUAAACCCACCCGUUGAAUAGAGGUUCCUAGAAAAUAAAAUAUUUUGUUCAGAAAUCUAGGUUGAGCGAAGUGCUUCUAUAUAAUUAUAUCAGACAUGUAAAAGUAUGGUUACCGAGGCAGGACCACACGGACAUUAGAAAAUAUCAGAAUCUCCCACUCUCUGACUAAUACUAAUAAAUAAACCACACCCAAGUGACAAAUGCUGGAAGUGACCAAAAUCAAAUCUGUGCCAGGUAAACAAUAACUGAUCAUAAUAAAACCAGUUAACAAUAGAUAACCAUUUUGGCUCCUACAAUCUUAAUUUUGAAGUGUACUAUAAAUAAGAGUAACAUGGGAUUAUUUAAAUAAAGUACAAAUACCUCAAAUGUGUUCUUAGGUGCAGUACUUGCAAUACUGACUUGUAGUCAGUUACUUUGCACCAGUGAUUGCCUCUUAUUUUUGUAUUGAACUGUAUUUACUCUUGAAUUAAAAAUUGACUAGUUCCUUCUACAGGUCAGUAGGUGGCGGUAGCUCACCAAAAUGCAGUUUGCCAACCGUAAUUGAAAACCUUAAAGAAGUCAUCCAUCGACAAGAGAACACAGGGGUCCUGUCAUUAGAUUACUUUUUACAUUUCUGUAUGGAUUACUGCACCAGGAGAGUUAUCACAAGUGUGUUUUAAUGCCUAUUUUCUCUAUUUUUCUAUCCUUAUAGCUUUUAGUGGAUACAGAUAGGUUUAUCACAGCACAACUAUAGUUUCUGCUUGCUAAAUAACAGAAGAAAUGUAAUCCUUUUCUUCUUUGUAAAUUAUCAUAAUCUCCAGGAUUCAUUUGCAGUAAAGCAGCCUUCAAAGGCCAGGGCUGCUAUAAAAUGUGAAGAAUGGAUUUUUAUGUUGGAGCACUGCAGACUGCUGCAAAUGUAAGCACCGGGCUGACAGACAGCCUGCUGCAGCUCCACUUCCUGUGUGCAUAUCCCUCCUACAUAACCCACAAGUAUCUUUGGACACGUCGCUGUUAAAGGACUCCCCCUCUCGAAGACACGUCUCCCGUCAUGUCCAGGUCCAGUCGGAGGUACAAGCCUCUGCAGCAGAGCAGUGGCUCUCUGCCCGGCUGUGACCGGCUGCGGAUGCCCCGGGCCCGGGUCCUGCUGCUCUGCCUGCUCGGGGUCCUGGUGCUGGCGGUGGUGCUGGGAGUUUACCUGUCCAACGACACCAGCGAUGGACAUGUGAACCGCAUGCCAGCAGCCGCAGAUCUGACCAAAGACAGGUUGUCCCACAAACCCAGCAAGUGCUCUCCGGCUCAAAUCCGCCGCCUGGCCUCUCAGGUGGAUGGUACCCGCCUGUGGGAGACCCACCUGAAGUCCAUCCUAAUCGAGAGACUCCCAGGGACUCAGGGUAGCCUGGCUGUUCAGCAGCACAUCACGUCCACUCUGUCCUCGCUGUCUGCCGGCUGGGCUGUGGACUUGGACUCCUUCCAGUCUGCAACCCCUCGGGGCCAGGUCACCUUCACCAACAUUGUUGCCACUCUGGAUCCUUUGGCCUCUCGCAGGCUUCUCCUGGCCUGCCACUACGACUCCAAGGCCCUGCCUCCAAACCCCCGGGCCUCAGAGAAGGUGUUUCUGGGUGCCAGUGAUUCCGCCGUGCCCUGUGCUAUGAUCCUGGAGCUCGUCAUUUCUCUGGAUGCCCAGCUUUCAUCAUUCAAACAGCAGAAACUUCCGGUGUCCCUUCAGCUGGUGUUUUUUGAUGGGGAGGAGUCGUUUGAAGAGUGGACAGACACAGACUCGCUGUACGGGUCCCGUCACCUGGCCGAGCGCAUGGCCAACACGCCUCACCCUGCAGGCUCCACACACACCACCAUGCUCCAGGCUGUGGACCUCUUUGUGCUGCUAGAUCUCCUCGGUGGUCCUGAUCCUCUGAUAGCGAAUCACUUUGAUAACACCGCUCGCUGGUUUGACCGUCUGAUCGCUGCAGAGAAGAGACUCCAUCGGCAGGGUCUCUUGACCUCCCACCCCUCAGAGCAGACGUAUUUUAGAAAGGAUGUUUACCUCGGCCCUGUGCAGGAUGACCACAUCCCCUUCCUACACAAAGGCGUCCCUGUGCUACACGUCAUCGCGACUCCUUUCCCUCAGUUCUGGCACACACUGGACGACACAGAGGAGAACAUGCACCGCCCCACUGUGGUGAACCUGACCAAGAUCAUGGCUGUGUUUCUGGCAGAAUAUCUGGGCUUCUGAACGCCAAAACACUGACCGAUAUUUACAGUGAGGGUGCUUACUUUUUACGCCGCACUGAAGUACUGGUGCGGUUUGUCACGCUGAUGACAAAUAAAAGCUAAAUAACCAGCAUGAAAUGGACCCAAAUGCACAAGAGCUGAACCUGGUGAAAUGACCUGAACCGUUGUGUUACCAGUGUACCGGGAUACCAGCUAAAACUGUACCAAAGACUUGGGCCUUGCUAGACUGACUCCUUGGUUUCAUGUGAGGGCGGAGUUGGAGGUGCCUGUCCAGAUGUCUGGGAUGUGAUGUGUAUAGAAAGAGUCUUAAUUAAAACGUUGAAAGAUGCUUGGAUCAUGGUACCGGAGGAACAGUUGGGAAAGUUGGUUUGUGAAUCUUAAUUAUUCUUCAUUCCUGUGAAAAAAUAAAUCCUGGCCUUAUAGGGAUACUAUGCAGGAUUUUAACAAAUGUGAAUAUACUCUUUACUAAAUAAUCUCUUUCAAUCAUCACUUAUGACAUGAUGGAAGAGCCUCUCUUUCCUCUGCUCUCCGUCUGUGUCAUGGAUCUGCAGGUUUGCGUGUCUGUUUGACUAAAGGCAGAGAGGCCACUGCAGCAGAAUAUAGGGUGGUCUUUGAUUGCAUUUACACAAAUUCAGCAAUCUUAAGUUGUGCCGAGGUGUAGUUGUGUUUAUUUGGACCCUUUGUCUGCAAAAAAAGGGGCUGACAUUGAAUGGUGUGUUUACAAACAGCAUCCAACAAUUCCUGCAUAGUAUACCUCUAACAUGCAUUGCCCUGUUAAUACGAUUGAGAUGUGUCGAGAUGUCUGAGCUGCUGAGAACACUGAGUCAUGUCUGUGAAUAAUUAUUUACCUCCACUCUACUGAGGAUCCUCUUCACGUUACGACCUGCUGUUAUUAAAUGCUAGCUAUAUUAUAUGGCUAUACAGCAAAUAUACAGUGUCAGUGUGAAGGUGUUAUUACAGUGAACAAGAUCCAGCAAAUGGGUAUUUACACCAUGUACAACGUGUGUUCUGCAAAUAAAGCUAUAAUGAUUUUGUAA